UUUUUUUUUCUCUGAUGCAAAAGAUCUAAUAAAUAAAAUAUAUAUUUAAUACUUUUUUUUACGAAAUUUAUCUUAAAGAAAAUUUUUAUGUUCAGUAUGACACAUGUUGGCUUUAAUUAUAAGCAUACAUUUAUUAUAUUAUUUAUCGCAUUUUUUAUUAUCGUAAAUUUUAUUUCUACAUCUUAUGAACUAAAGAAUCCAAUUGAUGGUAAAGCUCUUCAAAAACGACAAAAUGAUGAAAAAGCUCCUAAAAAAGUAGUCGAUCCAUCUUCAACUUGCACCACUUCUGAUGAUGCCAGAUGUAAAUCUCCACCAGGAGUUCCUCCAAAAGUAGAAACAUAUGUAGAAUUAGGAAUAGAAACUAUGAAACCAACACUAAUUCCGGGUGAAAAUAAUAGUAAUAAUAAUACAACUAAUUUAAUAACUACCACUACAACACUUACAUUAUAUUUUGCCGGUUAUAUAACUACAAUUACAACAAAAAAUUCUAAUGGUGAUCCUACAACUUUCGCAACUUCUGUUCUUCCUUCCACUUUACUUGUUAUAAAGACGGUUGUAGUUACUUCUCCAACUAGUGAGAAAUUAGAUAAAACAAUGGACGUUUCGGAUUCUACGACAAAUUUACACGAUUUUAAUAGACAUGGUUUAUGGGGUGUUACGAUGAGUUUAGCUUUAAUCGUUACAACUUUAAUUUUUAUGGUUUUUGCGUAAUUUUAUAAAAAUUAAUAAAAUAGAAUGUUCAUAAUUUUUUAUUUGUACAUUAAUUUUUAUAGUUCUUUAAAUAAUAUUAUUAUGUAGAUAUGUAUUGUAUAUUGUAUAAAUAGUUAUAAUAACUUAUAUAAUGAAAAAGAAAUAAAGAGAAUUCUUGUGGUCUUAAUAUUUUUAUAUACAAUAUAUAUUAUUAUUAUGUAACUUGGUUAUUAGCUUUAAAGUAGGUUUGCAUGCCAGAAUUACCAAAUGACCUUCAAC